AUGUCUGUCACACACAAUGAAUUCGUCACCAACGGCCUCUACCUCUCCCCGCCCAACAAGGUCGAGGGGAAUUUCAGGCGCACGUUUGGUAAUCCAACUCCAAUGGCUCUCGUCGGGUUUCUCCUAUCUCUUAUGCCGCUCGCGUGUGAUCUGAUGGGAUGGAGAGGGGCUGGGGACUUUGGUGUUGCUCAAAUCUCGGUCUACUUUUUCAUGGGCGGCCUCUUGAUGUUUCUCAGCGGGACCUUUGAAUGGGUCCUCGGAAACAGCUUCCCAGCCACUGUAUUCUGUAGCUUUGGUGGAUUCUGGUUCUCAUUUGGAGGGAUACUCAACCCCAGCUUCUUGGCUUACAGUUUCUACGCCAACGAUCCGCAGAAGCCAACUACAGGACUGGCCAAUGCGAAGUUCAACGCAAGUCUAGAUAGACGGGAAUUUAUUCGUCAACUAGUCAAUGACUUAUACUUCGCUUCGCUAGGUUUCUGGCUAGUAGUCAUGGGGGUCCUGGCCUUUGUCUACCUGAUUUGCGCGCUAAGAACGAACAUUGUCUUUGUUACCAUAUUCCUCAGUCUACUUCCCGCCUUUAGCAUGCUUACGGCUGCAUUCUGGCUCCAGGCAGAGGACUUUGAAGGGAACGCGGCAAAGGCAAACCAAAUGUUUGUGGGAGCUGGGGCAUCUCUUAUUGUUACAUGCGUUGCUGGAUGGUACAUGUUGGUGGCUAUUCUGUUUGCAAUUGUGGACUUUCCAAUCCAGUUACCGGUAGGGGACCUGUCCUCCGUAUUCAAGGGGCGGAGGUCCAUCCACUAA